GCCAUGUCUACCAUCCCGACGAGCUCUCCGUUUCUCAGGGAACACCCAGUCAAAUGGUAUCGGUCGAGUUUCUACAAUGCCACCAUCCUCGGUCUCUGUAAUUUCGCUGCCCCUGGAAUCUGGGGGGCCAUGAACUCCCUUGGGGCAGGAGGGGCGCAACGUCCAUAUCUUGUCAACACGGCCAAUGCCCUUACCUUCUGUCUGAUGGUUGUGUCUUGCUACUUCUCCUCCGCCAUCGUGCAUUACAUUGGCAUCAAAAACUCGCUUGUCGUCGGUACUCUUGGCUAUGCACCUUACGCUGCAGGUCUGUAUGUCAACAACCGCUACGGAAAUGAGUGGCUUGUUCUCCUCGGCGCUGCUUUGUGUGGCCUCUCUGCGGGAAUAUUCUGGAUGUCUGAAGCAGCUAUCGCCAUCGCGUAUCCAGAGCCGUAUAAUCGUGGUAAAUUACUUGGAUACUGGCUGUCGUUCAGGAUUGGAGGCCAAAUCAUCGGCGGCGCAGUCAACCUUGGCUUGAACGCCGAUAACAACCAAGCUGGGAAAGUAUCAUACACGGUCUUCCUUGUGUUCAUUGCUCUGCAAUGUAGCGGUCCACUCGUAGCCUUGCUGCUCAACAAGCCAAAUAGGGUUCAGCGCUCAGAUGGCAAACGUGUGAAUCUUACUAUUACGGACGGGCCAUGGACGGAGAUCCGCCGUACCACACACUUAUUCUUUUCUCCGGGCUUCCUUCUCAUUGUUCUGUUUAUUGGCCAAGCUGUCUACGCAGAAGCCGUCUUCUUCACAUAUCUCAGCCUAUGGUUCACGGUUCGCGCGCGCGCACUUGGCAGUCUUGUUUCUGCACUCGCAGCUAUGGUCGCAGGCAACAUUCUGGGAGCAUUUCUAGACCAAAAGCGCAUCAACCUGCGCAUGCGGUCCAGGGCGUCGUUCAUUACAGUCGCAACACUCCAGGGCGCAUGGUGGAUCUGGGCGACAAUCUUAGUGACCCGUUUCCGGCACACUCGCCCAACCUACGAUUGGGUCUCGCCCGGCUUCGGCUCUGCUUUUGGCGUCUUCGUUUUGCUCACGGCUGGAUUCCAGAUGAAUUACCUACUGCUAUACUUCAUUGUUGGGCAGAUGGCAAGGGAUGAGCAGGAGGUCGUUCGGUACGCGGCACUGCUUAGAGGCACGGAGAGUGCGUGGCAGGCGGUUAGUUAUGGUCUGAAUGCGAUUGUAGUAUUCGCAGAGGUGGGUGGGGUGUAUGUCAACUUUGGUCUUUGGGCGGUCAGUCUUGUCCCGUGUUGGUUUGUGUUGAGGAAGUUUGGAAGCACAGCACAGGAUCUAGAAAACUAUAGGGACGGACACAGUGAUGCUACAGAUGGGUCAGUGACACCGGUGGAACCCCACAAGGAGACUGUCAAGUAUGAUGGUAGAUAG